AUGGCUGCCCCCGGGUUUGACUGGACCCCACACGAAGAAGGAUUCUAUAGACGAAGUAUUGUCAAGCACAGUACAUACGAGUGUCUUCGAAAACAGUGUUGUGUCAUAGAUAAAUAUAGCCGAAAUCGUUGUGCAUACUGUCGAUGGCAAAAAUGUCUGGAAGAAGGAAUGUCAAAAGAUGCUGUAAAGUUUGGCAGAAUUCCAAAUCGUGAAAAAGAGCUUGCCAUGGCUGAAUUUGCUGAAAACAAGAAUGAUAUCGAAAGCACCAUUCGCAGAAUGGAAGAGGAAGAACGACAGAGACGAAUUGAACAGAAUAAAGAUCUUAUUCAGUCUACUAAGCCUAAUUAUGUUAAACGGCCGCCACCACCUUUAAUAAGUGUACCUGCUGUGUUGCCUACUUUUAAAGCCGAUCCAGAAGUAAUAGAAAUAAUCCAACAGAUAAGAGAAGCUCAUUCGAUGGCGUGCCCAUUCAGUGAAUUGAACCUCAAAAAUUACACCAAACAUUCUCCCAAACGGCAAAAAAUUGAAUAUCAUAGAUCACCAGAACCAUUGUUUCUCUCAAGGCGAGACUAUUCACCGGGUUUUAUAAAUUCACCAGGAGCAUCAUCCUCAUCAAGUCAAUCUUCAUCAGCCGCUCCAUCUCCAUCAACCUCUUCUGAAGUGUCGUUUUCAGUUUCAUCUCCGGAAUCAUUGGAUUUUUCUAUGGAAAAUACAAAGGUCUCGCAAGCAAUAAUAGCUAUGAUUAAAAGAAUUGUGGUCUUCAGUAAAAAGUUGCCAGGAUUUCGGGAACUCUUCCAGGAAGACCAGAUUAUUCUUCUGAAAGGCGGUGUUUUUGAGGUGUGGAUGUUACAGUCAUGUAAUAUGUUAUUGGGGGGCAGUAACGAAUGUAAUGACACGCCUUACAAAAUUGACGACAUGUCUUUAUUUUGUCCGCCUAAUAUGAUUGAAAAAAUGGUUAAGUUUGCUGAGGGUUUCAACAAGUUUAAUUUGACAGAAACCGAGAUUGCACUGGUGUCUACAGUAGCAUUAGCUAAUCCUGGUAAGCUUGAAAUAUGCAUUUAA